CCUCGAUUCCGUGAAGACGUUCGAACCAAGGCAAAGAAUGCUCGUUGCUGUGUCGCGUGUCGUGCUCUUGGCUGCAGCUCUGGUGGCCGCGGGUCAGGCGUCGACGGAGAAGUGGGGCUACAAGGAGUCGACCGAAGAGGAGCUCGGCCCCGCUGACUGGAAGGAGUCGUACCCGGCGUGCGGAGGAACUCACCAGUCGCCGAUCAACAUCCCGGUCCGUGAUCUCUCGCACAACGACUGGGGCAUGUUCCACGCCCCGCUCACGUACGGAGGCGACUGCAGCAAGUUCAAGCUCAAGAAGCUCGAGGACCUGUACAAGUGGCAGAUUGACGGAGACGAGCACUGCACGGUCAAGUCCAUCAACUUCGACGAGCGCGAGUACUCGCUGGCCCAGUUCCACAUGCACGCGACGUCGGAGCAUGCGCUGGACAACUACCACUACGACGCCGAGAUCCACUUUGUCCACAAGAACAGCGACACUGACAAUCUCCUGGUCACGGGCGUGUUCCUCAGCGCCGAGCCGAACGUGGAGGAGAACGCCUUCAUCAAGAACCUCAUGAACGACCUGGAGACGAGCAGCGACGACUUCGACGUGAAGGAGAGUGGCAUCAACUACGCGGACCUGCUCAACGGCCUCGUCGCCAAGAGCCACCUCUUCAACUACAACGGCAGCCUCACCACGCCUCCGUGCAGUGAGGUGGUCGACUGGUGGGUGCUCAACAACCCCAUCCUCAUCACGUACGACGAGCUGCGCACGAUCAAGAACUUGUACGCGGACCUGCCGGCCACGAACGACGCCGCGGACAACCGCCCCACGCAGCCGAUGAACGACCGCCAGGUCAAGUACUACUAA